AUGGAUGACUAUGGCCAUUGGCCUGAAUGCGAGGUUUGCCCUGCCACCUUUCGCACCCAGCGUGCUUGCAACCAGCACAUGAACGCGCGUGGACACUGGGCUCCUCGCUACGAAUGUGAAACUUGCACCAGCUCCUUUCGCCUCCAAAGCGCAGCGACUAAGCAUAUGAACGCCAUGAAGCAUUGGGCGCCGAAAGUCUCCUGCGAGACCUGUAACAACAAGUUCCAGACCCAGUCUGCUGCCGACCAGCAUAUGAAGGCAUUAAGUCAUUACCGGAACUACUGCAAAAGCUGCGACCGACGGUUCGAUAAUGAAAAUAACUUGCGCAUGCAUCUCCGUUCGAAGAUCCACAGGGGUCGCGACGUCUCCUGCCCCUUUUGCAAGGUCGGGUAUACCACUGCGAGCGGGCUCAGCCACCAUCUUGAAACAAGCUCCUGCCCCAAUGCCCCUUCUUUGAGCCGCGAAACGAUCUACCGGAUGGUCCGCGAGCGAGAUCCAAGCGGCGUUAUUACCAACAAACAGAUUGGAUGGGUGGAAGAGAAAAACGCCACCUACUCCGCUAACCUGCGCUCUUGGAACGGCAACGGCUAUGAGUGCUAUCUAUGUCACCGGCAGUUCAAAUCGCUGCCGGCUCUAAAUCAGCAUCUGAAUUCUUCUGCUCAUAAACAGCAGGUUUACCAUUGUCCCAAUUCUGGAUGCGCGAAACCGUUUGCUGCCUUGGCUGGGCUAUUUAACCACCUCGAAAGUGAAUCGUGCUCCUUCAUGAGAUUCGAAAGGGUGCAGCAAUCACUUGGUAACGUGCUCCAGGGAGGCCGUCUUAUUUCAUUCUGA